AUUCAGGAAGUGGAUGACACAGUUGGAUGUGUGGAGUGCUUGCUGAGUGGGGAACAAGAGAAAUGGAUGAGCUCCAUAGUAUGUUUGAAGAAUGGUGUAAUCGGGAAUAACAAACAGAAAUGUACUGUGAUAAAUCAGGGAGUCAUUCCAAGGCUUCUACAGUGGAUGAUAGAUGAUGAUGCUGACGUGGGUUUGAGGACGGAGGCAGCCAUUGUGUUGGGUAGCCUUGCAAAAGGCACAGAGGAAAAUAUACAACAUUUAGUGGAUUCUGGAUGUGUCACUGUCCUUCUUAAAGGGCUGUCAAACAAUAACCUCAAGUUUGUGGAAGCCUGUUUGAGAUGUCUACGUACAAUUUUCUUGUCCAACAAUCCUCCUGUUCAUCAUGUGUACCAGGAUGCCACUGUGGUGCCACAUCUCAUCAACAUUAUGUCCAAAUCUGUGUGCACACAGGAGUGUAUCACCACAAUAUUCGCCAACUGCUGUCGGACAGUGGAACAUCAGAAUGCUCUGUGUAGGAAUAGUGCUAUACCAGCUUUAGCUCCUCUGCUUACGUCUAAUGUAUAUAAGGUGCAGAUGCCUACACUGAAGUGUUUUGCUGUCCUGUGUUACCAGAAUGAAGAGGCAGCUAAAGCUACUGCAGCAGCUUCCUAUAAUGGGGAGUCCAUAUCAUCCCUGCUGGUCAAACUUUUAACAAGAGACAAGACAUCAGAGAUGCAGAUGGCUGCAGCCAAGUGCUUGACCUAUCUUUGUCGUGGUGGAGCAAUUACUCCACAGAAUCCGAUCAUCAUGUUAAAGACCAUGCCAACUCUGAUUCGUAUGUGUAAGAAAGACCGUACGUUAGAGGAGAAUGUGGAGGGAGCUGAGACUUUAGCAUUUCUAAUCGAGGGCGACGCCCAACUUCAGCAGGUGGCAUCUGUGUCUGAUCAUAUCAUAAAGACAUUGGCAGAAUACAUUCGUUAUACUGAUGUACAACAGAUCAACACCCGCGCCAUGCACAGGAAGGCCCAGGACACUAAUUGGAGCAAUGAAUUAAAACAAGCCGCUUUCAAAGCCUUUGCCUCAUUAGGAGCCAAUGACGAGGAAAUCAGGAAAAAGAUAAUUGAGACAGAGAACUUGAUGGACCACAUCAUCGUAGGUGUAAGUAGCGAGGACAUGAAGGUUAAGGGUGCGGCCAUUCGUUGUCUGCACAGCAUGUCAAGGUCUGUCCAACAGCUGCGUACAACCUUUCAGGAUCACUCGGUGUGGAAACCCCUGAUGUCGAUUAUGCAACAUUGCCCCGAACACUUAGUGGGCGUCGCCUCUUCUACCAUGUGUAAUCUACUACUGGAGUUCUCCCCAGGCAAAGAAUCGAUACUGGAGUCUGGAGCUAUCGAUAUCCUAGUGGGACUGACCACUCGCGUGGAACCAGAACUACGUCUCAACGGAAUCUGGGGACUAAUGAACAUGGCAUUUCAAGCAGAACAUAAAGUCAAGACACAGAUCAUUGAAACGGUUGGAAUAGAACUAUUGUUCAGGCUUUUAUCUGACCCAGAUCCAAAUAUACUGAUGAAGACACUUGGACUUAUACGCAAUCUCCUCUCAAAUAAACCACACAUAGACAGCAUCAUGAGUGUAUACGGAAACCAGAUCAUGCAGGCGGCCGUGUUUAUACUUGAAGGGGAUCACACGGCUGAUAUUAAAGAACAGACUCUGUGCAUUCUGACAAAUGUUGCCGAUGGUGAUCAAGCGAGAGACUAUAUUAUAGGAAAUGAAGAUGUCCUUAAGAAACUCACCACCUACAUGGUUCACACCAAUGUAAAACUACAAAUAGCAGCCACUACAUGUAUAUCUAAUCUUGUGUGGAAUGAAGAGGAAGGGGCCUACAAACGUCAACAGAAGCUUCGAGAUUUAGGUGUCCUUAAAUUAUUACAACAACUUCUUAAUACACCUGAUGCUACACUUUUUGAAAAAGUGAAAACAACACUACACCAGUUCACAUGACUAGCAUGCAGUUUGUACGACGAGGUCUACAUCUGAGGAUUUAGUCACUUUAAUAUAGCUAACAUUAAUCUUUGUGUUCAUAAAAGUUACAUUCUAUAGGAAAUAAUGCCAAGCAUGAAAUUAUUGUGAUGUAAAAAUUUUCAUUGUUUCAUGGCAAUAGACAAACCAUGAAAAUAAAAAGGAACAAAUAAGAUUUUUUAUUGAAGUAUGUGGGUAGUUAUUGUUGUUGAAUUUUUAACUAAUUUCUUUAAACGAUGUAAUAGAUUUAAAUUAUGAAUAUUCUCUUUUUUGAUUUGAUAAAUUGACUAUUAAGUGCUGUUUUCUGUAAAAACCUAUAAGUGGAAAUAUCCAUAAAAAAACAAGGACAGCAACUGUUACUUGAAGUUUCUGUAUAGCAUAACCUAAUGCUGCCUGUUUGAUGAUCUGUUGCUGAAGUUACCAUCGGGAAAUCCCAAUGUUUUAUCCUGCGGUUGGAGAAAUCGUCGGGGAAUCCCAAUGUU